AUGAGAAAUCUAGUUCGUCCAAUCGUGGUAAUUUUCUUGAAGGAUGUGCUGGCCAUGGAGAAUGACGAACUUUUAAAGGCAAUUGCGAAAGCUCCCAAAAAUGCCAAAUAUACAACUAAUGAUAUUAAAAAACAAAUACUUCAUGUGUUUUCAGUGAGAUUGAAAAAUGCAAUUCGUGAAGAAGUUGGAGUUGCCAAGUAUUGCAUUAUUGUUGAUGAAGCCCGUGAUGAGUCAAAAAAAGAGCAAAUGUCUAUUGUGUUGCGGUUUGUAGACACUAAUGGAUUCAUUCAAGAACGUUUUUUUAGGCUUGUUCAUGUUUCCGAUACUGCAGCUUUGACUUUAAAGAAUGCCAUAUAUUCUGCUUUGGCUCAUUACAAUUUGGAUGUUCAAAAUAUUAGAGGUCAAGGUUACGAUAGGGCCAGUAAUAUGAGGGGUGAAUUCAAUGGAUUGCAAGCUUUGAUUAUGAAAGAUUUUAAUAUGGUUGGUGCUUCUUGCAAGCGUAAUGAUGAAUUGAAGAAAGCUCACGCGGAUGACAUUGCCCAUUUGAUUUCUAUUAAUGAACUCGAGACAAUGCCUGGACUUAAUCAGAUCAGCACUUUACAACAAGCUGCUGAUACGCCAUGUACGGUGUUGCUCAAAGUUAUGGAGGAUGGGCUUCCUUCCCAACGAGCCGAUGCAACAUCUGUUUAUGAUGAAAUGACUUCGUUCGAUUUUGUAUUUAUCAUACAUCUAAUGAGUGAGAUUAUGGGGAUCACAGAUUUUCUUUGCCAGACUUUACAAAGGAAGUCUCAAGACAUUUCGAAUGCAAUGGAGCUUGUGUCAUCUACAAAAAGAUUACUACAAGAGUUAAGGGAUGACAAUGCUCAGUAUGUUGAUAGACGACGUCGAGUUCGUGGUCAUCAAGACAUCACCAUUGGGCAUCAUUAUCGAGUAGACUUUUUUUAUGCCGCGAUCGAUUCACAAAUGCAAAAAAUUAAUAUGCGUUUUAGUAAAGAUGCGACAGAAUUGCUCAUGCUUAGUUCUGCCUUAAAUCCUCAAAAUGCAUCUGAGGCUUUGAGAAUACAAGAUAUAUGCAAAUUGGUUGGCAAGUUUUAUGCACAAGAUUUUACAAGUGAAGAAAAAGAGAGUUUGAAGAUGCAACUGAAACAUUAUGAACAUAAUGUAGUCAAAGGGUCAGACUUUAAAACUCUUUCAACCAUUUCUGAGUUGUGUCAAUGGUUGGUAAAGACUAAUAAAUUUGCUACAUACGACCUCAUUUUUAGAGUGAUCGUACUUGUGCUUACUCUUCCAGUUUCUACUGCUACUGCAGAACGAUCAUUCUCAGCUAUGAAUAUCGUCAAGACUAGGCUUGCUACUGCAGAACGAUCAUUCUCAGCUAUGAAUAUCGUCAAGACUAGGCUUCGAAGCAAAAUGGAGGAUGUUUUCCUCUCUGACGCAUUAAUGGUGUUUAUUGAAAGAGAAAUUGCUAAAAGUCUGAGCAUUGAUGCUAUCAUUGAAUACUUUAAAAAUUUUAAGGAACGUCGAAUUCCUUUUAGUUAG